AUGACGGAUUCAAGUGAAGUUAUUACAGAGACCUCUGAACAAUUUGACAUUGUCACGUGCUAUCAGCAAUUUUUGAAAGAUGAUCCGGAUGUGUCUAUGCCUAUCGCUGCCAUAGAAUCUUUGAUUGAGUUGAUAAAACAUAGUAAAGCAAACACAUUAUCGGAAUUCAUGGAAUCUCUGAAAGAAGCUAGUCAAAAACUUAAGAAUUCUGUCAGAAAUUCAAUUUCUUUGUCAGCAGGAGCUGAUUUGUUUCUGAGGUUUGUCACAAGAGCUUCUCAUGAUGUCACGAAUUUUGAAGCAUGUAAAGAACAUUUGAUAAACAGUGGAAAAGAAAUUGUUGAAAAGGCGGCGGCCGCCCGCGAAAAAAUUGCCGAAUUAGGCAUAAUAUUAAUUCAUUCUUAUUCGCGUGUGGUUAUGCUGCUCCUCCUAAGGGCGGCCGCUUACAAGAAGCGAUUUAAGGUCUAUGUUACGGAAUCUAGACCUACAUAUUUGGGGAUCAGGGCUACAAAACUAUUACGAAAGGCUGGAGUUCCAGCAACCGUGAUUUAUGACGCAGCGGUUGGUUAUAUUAUUAAUAAAGUGGAUGCUGUUUUCGUUGGGUCCGAGGGUGUCGUUGAAAAUGGUGGAUUGAUCAAUGCGAUCGGCACUUAUCAGCUGGCUAUUGUUGCUAAAGCUGCUAAUAAGCCAUUUUAUGCUGUCAUCGAAAGUUAUAAAUUUGUUCGUCUAUUCCCUUUGAAUCAGUACGAUCUCCCAACCCAUACGCCUGAUUUACUUGCUUUUCCAGAUUUGGAACAUCGCCCACAGGUUGACGAUAAACAAACGGUCAAAGAUGAGGAUAUAAAUAUAGGUGAUUAUGAGGCAAUUAAUCCAACUGUUGAUUACACACCACCAGAUUACAUUACUUUGUUAUGUACAGAUCUGGGUGUGUUAACACCUUCGGGC